UGAACGUUCGGAACGUUUAUAUUUGUACUUUGUCUUCAGUCGACUAUCGUUUCUUCUUUAGCUCUCAACCGCUAUGGAGGAUAAGAACGCGUCUGGAAAUACCGCGGCGGUGGAAAACGCAGCCGCUAACUCUCCACCGGCGAAAAAGGCAGCCAAGUCCAAGGCGAAGACCCAACGGCCGAAGUCGUCGCACCCGUCGACGGCCAAGAUGGUUACGACUGCUAUCAAGGAGCUGAAGGAUCGCAAGGGCUCAUCCGUGCAGGCGAUCAAGAAGUACAUCGCCUCGACGUACAAGGUCGACGGCGAGAAGUUCGCACCUUUCAUUAAGAGGUACUUGAAAGCAGCGGUGACGUCGGGCGUUGUGGUGCAGACCAAGGGCAAGGGUGCGUCGGGUUCGUUCAAGUUGGCAGCUGUCAAGACCAGCUCGGAGGAAAAGGAGAAGCGCACCACGAAAAAGACCACCAUGGCCACGAAGAAGACCACUCCGAAGAAGAAGGCCGUGGUAGCGAAGAAGGCGCCAGCGGAGAAGAAGCCGACACCGGCCAAAAAGACCCCGACCGAGAAGAAGCCGGUGGCACAGAAGAAGACCGCCAAAACAGCGGCGGCGAAAAAGGUCGAGGCUGCGGCGAAGCAGAAGGCAGCCGCGCAAGUGAAGAACCUGUCCAAGACCAAGAAAGCCACCAAAGCACCGGCCGCCAAAACCAAAACUCCAAAACCAAAAACCGCCAAAGCUGCCCCGAAGACCCCGAAGGCAGCGAAAAAAUAAUUUUCUGAUACAGAUACAAUUGGCCCUUUUCAGGGCCCCAAAUCUCUCACACGUUGAACUUACCUCGCAAUCGCUCUACAUCCUGCUUUACAUUUCGCUCCUUCGAAUCAAAGAUCAUAAUAAAUUUG